AUGGCUCUGAAUAAUCCCAACCCACUGGGACCAUGGAAGAUCACAGUUUAUGACCAGGAGAACUUCCAGGGCAAGCGUCUGGAGUUUACUUCAGCGUGCCAGAACAUCAUGGAGUGUGGCGUGGACAACAUCCGCUCGCUGAAAGUGGAAUGUGGAGCCUGGGCAGGAUAUGAGCACUCCAGUUUCUGUGGACAGCAGUUUGUGUUGGAGAGAGGAGAAUAUCCUCACUGGGAGUCUUGGAGCGGCAGCAACGCCUACCACAUCGAGAGGAUGAUGUCCUUCCGCCCCAUCUGCUCUGCUCACCACAAGGAGUCCAAGAUGGUGCUGUUUGAGAAGGAGAACUUCAUGGGACGCCAGUGGGAGGUAAAUGAUGACUACCCAUCUCUGCAGGCCAUGGGCUGGGGCAACAACGAGAUUGGAUCCAUGCAAGUUCAGAGUGGCGCCUGGGUGUGCUACCAGUUUCCAGGUUACCGUGGUUACCAGUACAUCAUGGAGUGCGAUCGUCAUGGUGGCGAGUACAAACAUUACAGAGAGUGGGGCUCCCAUGCUCAGUCCUUCCAGGUGCAGUCGCUGCGUCGAAUCCAGCAAUGA